AGAUUUAAAUCUCGCGGGAGUGCAUGCUAGCAGUGCUAGUUCCCAAUUAGCUUUGUAGAAAAAUAAUUAUGAAUUGACGAGUUUGUUAUUGAAUCAACAGCAUAUUGGUAUUAACAGGAUAAAGUGAUUUCAUAGUUAUUUCAAAAUGACAGCAUCGACGGACGUUGCCUCGGUACGGAUGCAAACUUUUUUGGGUUUGCCGUUGGUUCAACGUUGCAGAGAAUUGGCAAUACUGAUAGACGAAUCAAGUACCACAGAACUGCAACAUGUUUUUCCUAUACUCAUAGACUCAUUAUUUGGUGUGACUAAUCGUGUGGGUUGGGGGCUCCAUACGAUAAGUAUGAAGAGGAAUCCAGCCGAAUUCGAAGCGCUUUAUUAUUUUCUGGGACCUCAAGGACCAAUAUUCUCUUUGUGUUACAAAUUACUUCCGGACUGUUAUUUAAAAUACAAUUUUCCAGUUUCAUACUUACCGGCAAAAAUCCGAUCCAUGCUCGAAGAAGGAUUGAUACCACCAUUUUAUUCUGACAAAAUAAAAGAUGACCAGAGCAGCAGGAUCCCCUCAGCUCUUUCAAUGAACCCUUUCGAAUACUAUGUAUUUCACUUUGCCUACCAUCUGACUAAUCCUUGGCUGCAGAUGCAACAGACAGAAAAUGUUUGGAUGAAUUGGGAAACUGUUUACGUCCAACUGGCUCAUUCGUACCUUUAUCACUUUUUGCCAAAGGAUAAUUCCCCAGUUUUGCCAGUGAUAGGGCCAUACGUGAAGAAAACACCACCCAGAAAGUUGAUGCAGUCUCCAGAAUCAAAGAGAUUGCAAACACCGAGACUACUGAGAACAUCGAUUCUGUCACCAACCACGACGAGCCCUCAGAGUAUUCCGCAACAACAAUGUUUACCACAAGUCUGGCGCAGCGAAACUGUUGUUCAAGUAUUCCUUGACUUCUGGCUCGAAUACACCGAGGAUGAUCAAAUGUCUCUGCACCUAACGCCUUCGGUUUCAGGCUCAUUGCCACGGAGAAGCAUUCACACCGGCGAGCACAUAAGAUUGGUUCGAGCUUUUAUCAAAACAUUGCACGGCUUCGCGAAUAGUGCUCGUGGCGACAAAAGUGCAAUGGAUGAACUGAAAAGAGUUAUCCUUCCAUCAGUGCAAGGAAAAAUUUACACAUUCCUCCGGAAAGCUAUUCACCACUGGCCGUUGGACAGUUCUUUUCGUUUGAUUCUCGAGGCUUGGUUGAGUUUCAUCCAACCUUGGCGUUACGUUCCUGAGUUGACCUAUACGAAAGAAGGGAAACCGGAGGACGAAGAUAGGGGAAAAAUAAACGACCCUUCGAGAUGGAUAACGUUCGUGGCAAAUAAUCUUCUGGCUUAUACAGCGAUAUUCCAACAACUGUUGCCACGAUUCAUGCGAACUGAUCUCGUCGCGCCGAAAAAUGCUUUGAUGCUAUUCCGAGUUACGAAAGUAUUUUCCCAACCGUAUCUUACCCAAAUGCUUUCCGAAGCUGAAAGCUGUAUGGACGACACCAACAUUGGUUGUGGGAAAAUGUCUAGUAAUCAAUGGUCAGCCAUCGUCAGACAACAGAUUUUGGAACUCGAAGGACCGACUUAUCAAUAUGUGCCAAUGUUUUCCACCGCCACGCUGUCGCAGAUUGUCUGGUUCCUGAGUACGAUCAAGCAGGCUCAUUUGACAGCGGUGAGCAUCGUCGAAGCCCUGGAAAAGCGUCGGACCGAAAGACGCUUUUUGCUCUCACUCUGGGAAUUUUUAAACGGCGAGGACAAUCUCUCAGACGAAAUUGGUCUCCCGGAAAGGAGCAGAGUUCCCGAAUACUUGGCCAAUGCCCAACAACAAUUGAUCGACAUAUUCCGAAUAAGAUUGGAGGACAUUCCACAAGUGGCGAUUGCACCGGAUCAGGAAUAUCACGACAGCAUAUUGUCCACGUCUUUUUGUCACCAGUCCCACGUAAAUCUCUCACAAAAUAUGGACUCGAGUUCCGACUCUAGCAGACCAGGAGUUUUCGUCCCGAAACAGGACGAGCGGCAAAAUUGUCGUUACAUCGAGUACAUGGGCGAUCCGGAACUCCAGCCGGUCAAAACGAACGAGUUUGCAUUUUUGGUUAGAAAAUUUUACAAGCUUUCCGAAUACGUCAACGAGAAGUACAAAAGUGAAAUUGCGACGGCGUAUCACAGACGGGAUUUCCUCGGUCGAAUAGCUCGGCGAAUUUUGACGCCGCCGACCGUCGUUGUGAAUUUGCCGAAGAGAACGAGCAACGGAUUUUCGGAUUUGGAGAGAAGGGAAAUCCCACCGAGACUCUCCCUCCGACCGUUAGCCAGUCAUAAUUUUAUCGCCGAAAUGCUCAUCGGUGUUUUGAUUUUUUGGACCAUUGGAUACGGAACUUUUGGAUUUUUAUUGUCAGCUUCAGUCGCUUGGUUCGCCUACAUAAUAAUUCGAGCUGCCUGCGAGCCUUGGAUAGGUUCGAGCACAACUGCACCGAGGCCGAACCCGCUGGCUUAUCCGACAAAUUAAAGAAAACAUUAUUUUUAUUCCUAUUUUCGAAAGAUUCAACUGAAUUGUCCAUAGGAUCGCACAAUUUUAAACUCCCGUAGUUUGUAAAAUAACUUAAGAUGAGACUGGAAGGAGAGAUGAAGUUACUUAGUGAUGAAAAGCGACGAUACAAGAGUUGAGUGGAGAAGAAUUCAUCGAAAUAAAUAUUUCUCUAAUUUUUCAAGGA